AAGCAGGACCGACACUUCCGCAAGCAGGCCAGGGCCAAGAAGGUGCAACAGGUGGACUCUCUCAUCCAGUCAGCAGAACAAGCAGCGGGCAUGGAUGUCGCUAAGGACAAAACAGUCAUACUGCUAGCUCUCCGAGGCAGAGACGCAGCGGACCUGCUGAAACAUUACAUGAGGAUUGUCAUGGGUGGCAUUCCAUCGACUCCACCUUUUCUUGAAGAGCCAGAAAGCCUCGAUCAGCAGGCAGCUCGACAGCUGGAAUCCCAGGUUUUCAGGCUAGGACUACCACAUCCGUUUGUCAUGCUGCAUCAACAGGUCAUUAAGCGCAUAGACAGCUGCCGGGCGACCACCUCCAGCUCAAGCUUCAUGCUGUCUUUGACGGAUGCUCAGGAGGCAGAGCUGCAGAGCGCCCAAAGCGAGCUGGCACAGUUCGCCUCCAACAUGAAGAAGGAGGUCUCAACGGCAGCACCCUCGGUGACGAGCCAGGCGAGCCAGGAGGACGGCGACAUGGACGUGGACCGCUCCAGGGAGAAGAGAGCAGAGGCCACAUCGUCGGCCCCGGAGGAGCCACAACACAAGUGGGCGAAAGGGGAAGCCAAAGGCGAGACUCGCCAAGAGGAGGCGCAGACAACUGGGAAAGGGGGCGGUGCAGGACCGCUGCAGCGGAGCCCUCCUCGCGAAGCAUCGCAGGCGGGAACACUGCCGACAACCACGGUUCCCGGACAGGAGGAAGAGCAGGCCAAGGCCAAGGAACCGGAGAUACAAACUCCGGGCAGGGUAUGGAUCGCCAACAAAGGGAACUCCGACAACGCUGUCAAAGAUCUAGUCAGGGCAGUCGCUCGGCUAAGCCUAAGACAAGAAGACCAGCAAGCCAUAGCGGGCCUGGAUACAGACUUCGUCUUUUUCCUGCAGUCCAGCAAGUCAGGCAACACAAGGUCAGUGACGGAUGCGUUGUACAAGACGGCCCAGGACUGGAAUACACAGAAGGAGCGCGAACCAAGCUCCUUAACCCAACCUAUGCGCAAUGUGUUGCUUUAUUGCCUGCUAAGCACGCUUCUGGAACGGGUCGAGAUACUGGAGACGGAUGCUCAAGAGCUGGAGAAAGUUCGGGAGCAAGGACUGGUGAUCGGGGAGGCAUACCCAUAUUUACAAUGGGACGCCUCGCUCAAGAAACAUGUGCCCUCCCAGAUGGAGCCACUGGGUCACAAAGCAGCCGUCGAGAUGAUCAAAAUGGCCCUCCGCCUGGCCGCCUUUCCCGGAGUAGUCGGCAGAUUUCAUGCAUUGAGGAACCGCAACGAGAAGGCUCCUGCGGAAGUGAUACCAUUCAGCCUCCAGGUGCAGAACCGCACCCAGGCUGCGAGAGCUGCUUGGGUGCAGCGAUGGAGCGGUAUGCUCGCUGUCGCCGCUCAGAGUGCCGUCGCCGCAUCCCUCCUCGACCUCCCCGCUGGCUCUGAAUCCGGUGCUGCGGGCGAGCCGCCUGCUUUGCACAAGGUUUUGGCUGACGCACGCUGGAUAGUGGCGGCAGUCGCUGCAUCCAUCUUGCAGCAUUUCGUCCAGCACACCAAGGAUGAAAGCGGCUGCUUUUGGUAUGCUUGGGAUCGUUCCGGAGACAAGUUGUUCUGCAAUGAAGCUUAUGAGGACGCCCAGGCGGUGCUGACCCACAUGGAAAAUCUUGGAAAAGCAGGCACUUUCAAAGAUGCUGCCAAGCUCACACAAAUAGAGUUCCACGGUCCUGCUGUUGAGCUUGCGAAGCUACGCUCGGCUGCCGAAGCCGUCAAUGGCAAACUUUUCACAGAGGAUGGGGCUGCAGGCUUCAUGCAUCCCCUCACACCAGGUGCAGAUGCCGAGCCUGCAUCAUUGUGCACUCUGCAUGCAUACUAUGACCUCACGGAUGAAGGCAAAGCGGAGCCUGUGCUCGCCGACUUGGCAACAAGGACGAAAUCGGAGAAGGGCUGUGUUUACCAUGGCUGGACGAAGGCGGGCGACACGCUUUUCUGCCGCGAGGGGUAUUUGGACAGCGAUGCGGUUCUGGCGCAUCUCAGCAAUGUUGCCUCCUGCACGGGCCUCGCUGACUGCACCCGCUUACGGCGCUUGGAGCUCCACGGCCCGCCGUCAGGGCUUGCCAAGCUGCAGGACAUCGCGCAACAGAUGGGCGCGGAGUGUUAUGAGCGACAAGUGGGCUUCCAGCGCGUGGCCCUGGCAUCGGCAGUCAAGGCCGAACCGUUGUGUGGCCUUCAUUUGGAUCGGACAGUCCUGCGCGACUUCUGCUCCAUCCAUGCUUACUACAGGGUGACCAACGACGUUGCCGUGGGGAGGCUUCUUGCGGGCUUCGAAGCCAGGACAAAGGCCGAAGCAGGCUGCCUUUGGUAUGCGUGGGACCGGAUAGAUGACCGGUUGUUCUGCAACGAAGCCUACGCCAAUGCUGAGGCCGUCUUGGCACAUGUGCAGCAUCUCGAGGGAGUGGGUUCUUUCGGCGGCGCCGCACAGCUCACCGACAUCGAGUUCCAUGGACCCGCAGCAGAGCUGGAAAAGGUCAUGGGCACGGCGAAGAAGCUUGGUGCGGCUCUCUUUGCCUUGGAGUCGGACGUGACCUUCAAGCCAGUGGAUCUCUGCACCGAAGGGGAAAAGUCUGACUUGUGCACCAUGCAUGCUUAUUUUAGGGUGGAGGAUGAGUCGGGUGUUGCUGGUGCACUCGCUGAGCUGGUGGACAAGUCCCGAGCGGAAGACUCUUGCAUGUACUACGGCUGGACCCGUGCAGGGACAACCCUUUUCUGCCGCGAAGGUUACACAGGUGCAGCCGGCAUUCUUGCACACCUCGCGAAUGUUUCUGCUUGCGGUGGCCUCACAAAAUUUGCCAAGCCACAGCGCAUCGAGAUCCACGGACCGAAAGAAGAGAUAGCCAAGCUGCAGCAGACAGCUGACGAAAUGGGUGCCACCUGCUACACACGGCAGUCUGGUUUCCAACGCUUCCAGGCGAGACCCACGCUUCUGGGCACCGCGCCGCUGGCUGUUGCCCGCAGGAAGGGCGACGUGGAGCCAUGGAGGCAGCUGUUCCGGGUGGUGGCGGCGCUGAAGUACGUCGGCCUUGCAGGGCUCGCUCUGACUUUGUUAGCCAGGCUGGCACAGCGGAUGCAGCGCAGGAACGGGUGGAACUUUGCGGUCGCGAGCCUGAUGAUGCUCCUGGGCCAUCUUGCCGAACGCAAGCUUCCUUCUGGCGAAAUGUCCUGA